AUGCACAUUCUUUGGGAAACUGACCGCUGGCUUCAAAAAUACUGUGUUCCAAACACAUCAGAUGCAGACACAAGUCCUGACCAGACAAAAGAAAUUUCAGAUUCUCCAGACAAAGUAGCGACUGCGACAGGAGGUGGUAAUCCGGAGUUUGGUGAGCAAGAAGUUCACUCCAAGCUAAGGAGAUCACUUCUCUGGUAA